CACAUUCUUCAGCGGGAGAGCGACGGAGAAGAGGUGCAGAGGAAAGAAACAACGAUUGCAGGAAGAAUCACAUUUUGCGUAAUAUUUCUUUUUCUUAAAAGCCUUACUCUAAUAAUAACUGGUUUUGAAGUACUAUGGUACAUUGCGAUUGAUUUGUUUUGUAAGAUUUUUGAGUACAUAUCCCGCAGGGAGAAUUCUUCCUAUUGUGUUUCGAAGCUAAGAUAGCAGAUUAGCCAUUGCUAACGAGAUGAGUUACGGUAGGCCUCCGCCCGAUGUGGAGGGCAUGACUUCCCUGAAAGUGGACAACCUCACAUACCGAACCUCCCCUGAAACCCUCCGUCGAGUUUUCGAAAAGUACGGUCGGGUUGGAGACGUGUACAUUCCCCGUGAUCGCUACACGAAGGAGAGCAGGGGGUUCGCCUUUGUGCGCUUCCACGAUAAGAGGGACGCCGAGGAUGCGAUGGACGCCAUGGACGGGGCCUUGCUCGACGGGCGCGAACUGAGAGUCCAGAUGGCUCGUUAUGGACGCCCACCGGAUUCUCAUCAUGGCGGUGGUGGUGGCGGCGGCGGACGGCGUGGAGGUGCUCCCCGGAGGUACGGGGGUUAUGGUCGCCGAAGCAGGAGCUUUUCCCCUAGCCCGAGGCGCCGUAGACGCAGCCGUUCCAGAAGCAGGAGCCGUUCUCGUUCCCGCAGCCGUUCCCGCUACAGCAGAUCGAGAUCUCGUUCCUACUCCCGCUCCAAGUCCCGUACGCCGCAGAGGAAGAAGACCAAGUCUCCAUCGAGGUCUCGCUCCAGGUCCAAGUCCAAGUCUCGCUCCAGAAGCCGCACUCCUCCAUCCAACAGAGUGUCCCGUUCCCGGUCAAAGACCCCGCCGCCUAAGUCACCAGGAGACAAUGGAGCCGAAACUCCGUAGGCACGAGACGCAAGGGUAGGUUUGGUGAAAGGGGAUUAGAAGCUAUGCAACUUUAGUUGCUCGUAGUUUGACACGUUUUGAUUAGUUCACGGGGAUUAAAAGAAAUCGAAUUCAAAAUUCAUGGGUUAUCUUAAAGUGGGAAGAUCAUUUAAAUGUUUGCUACUGUAAUGGUAUCUGGUUACCUGGAUAGAUAUAUCAUUAAAAUAUUCAAAACUAUCAUAACACUGGGCAUGGCAAAGUUCUUGCUUUUGAAUUUUCUUAGUUGUUGGAUCAUUGCAAGUUCUAAUUAAAUAGACUCUGCCAUUCUCAGUGUUCUGGUUUGGGGUGCAGUCUAGUAGGGCUAUGUUCUAUCUGAUAUAUGUCUAUAUACAUGUACAAUAUAUCAAUCUAGACUUCUUGGAAAGUCUUUUGAUAAUGAGGGUAAACGACAACAUCACGACGACAGAAACUAAGAGAGAAAUGUUUGUAUCAACCAAUCUGGAAUUUUCUCCUCCAAGCUGCGGAAUCCUGUUUGCAAAAGAGGUGUGUGAGGCAGUGUGGUGAGGAGGAAGUUAGGAGGAGGAGGAGGGGUGUGGAUGUCACCUCGGUUCGGGGGCUCCGCUGCAGCUGCUGCAGUGUUGCUAUGGAGGGUGUUGCUAUGGAGCAGGCCGGUGGCAGGCAGUAGCAGUGUUGGGGUUGGUGUUGAGGUACGUCUGUCUGCAGAACUCUGGACAGAAGGUUGUACUCUGGUGUGUGUGCGUGUGUCUCCUCCCCCCAUCCCCACCCCUUCCCCUCCCGCUUCCUGGGGUCAUAGUCCUGACCUUGGGGUGGGAGGGGCGUGGUCCAAGACUGGUUAAGUGACUGAACUCAAGGUUUAUCAUGACCCCCCACACACACACCAGAUUAUUUUUUAUUUCUCCUUUCUCCUCAUACCCCUAUUUUUAUUUUUCCCAUCCAAGACACAUUUUGAGAUGUCUGUUAUGCCCAUUUCUAUUUUUCUGUCCACAUUCUGGUUCUUAAAGCCAUUUCCCGCCCCAAAAAAUGUCUGGACAAAUCCAGGGUCAAGGCCAGUGGACAAUCCCAGAAGGCAUUUGGUUUGCACAACCAACUAAGUAUUGGUGGGUGUCACACACCCAUGGUUUAAGAACUGGGAUGGAGUGGGGAUGCUUUACAAGAACAAGCUGUCACCUCACUGACUAACACAAGACUAGGGGACCCAUGAGCUGAUAUAUACCUCAUCGCCAUUUCAGUUACCUUUCUCACAAAUGCCAUCUUUACGUUUUUCCAGAUGAAGACUCCACCGCGAGCGACAUGUUGAAGUGGCAGGCUUCCUACGGAUGAUCACCGUCCAUGCAAUGAUUUCCUGGUGUCAAAGGUUACUAUUGUAUCUUGUUCUGAAGACCUGUGUCUGCUUUCUCAUUUUCCCCCAAAUAGGCUUGACUUUUACUAAUAUGCCGCAAUGUUAAAAAAAUAUUUUUCUUUAGAAGGAAUCUUAAGAGGUUCUGAAGUGAUUUUGUUGGGGUGGUUGCUUGUUUGUCUAGCUCAUACUUCUAUCCUCUCCCCAGUCUAUAAAACCCAGGCCUAGCACAUUUAACAAUAGCUUUUCAAAACUUAUUGUGGUUUCAUCAGGUCAAAGACCAAACUCUUAAACUGUUUGGUCUAAAACUUGCUCCCCCUACAAAGGCAAGCAUCCCAUUUCCUCCCCCCCAAAAAAUAUACACUUUUUUUUCUUUUCGUCCUAGAUAAUUGACAGAAUCUGGCAUCAAUUUUACAGUGAUCUUGUGCUCUGUAUAUUUGUGUUAUUCUUUGCCAUUUUCUCCAUAUUGUCAUUCUAAUCUUCCCUCUUGUAUUUUUUGUGCGUUAGGCGCAGUUGUGUAGCAGUUGAGUUUUGCUGGUUAGCUGUGUAAAGUGGUGGAGUGCUGAAUGAUUGGCAGUCCCCAGUAAGCAGCAGAAUGUUCCAGAGGCAACCGAGCUGUGCUGCGGUCAACUUUAAAAAUGGCUGCGACAACAAAUUCACCCUCUUAGGACGCAUAUCAUAAACUUUUUUUUGUUUUAAUAGUUUGCAAUUAUUCGGAUCGGUAUGGUGUUUUAUUUUUUGAUCGAACGGAUCCAUUGCAUUUGUCUUGCCCCAUCUGCAUUCCUGUCCCGUUCCUGUUUAAAAUCCUGUAUGUAGACCGAUGUGGUUGCUAAUAAAGUGUUUUCUCUUAA